UUGUUUUUCUUCCACUGAAUGGAGUCCACUCCAAUUAUUCAAUUUGUUAUUUAAGCCCAACAAUAAUAUUUGGCCAAGAUCAACUACAAAAAUGCGGCGUCAAAACAAUUUAGUGACACUCUUUACUGCCAUUACCGCCUUUUUCUUUGGGAGUUUUAUAACGAAAAUCCUGAAUUCCGUGGACAAGUGCCCGGCUAAUAGAAGUGGGAGUAAAUUGGAGCCACAUCCAGAUAUAUUUCUUGUCGUACUCAUACUAAGUGCUCCCAGCAAUGUAGAACAUCGCGAUGCCAUGCGAGAGACUUGGCUGCGCCUGGGUCAGCCGUUGCAGCUUCCCUAUUACCCCGAGGAACAGGUCUAUAUGCCGGCAUAUGACCAACGUGGUGGCCACUUGCAAAUGGAAAUGGUGACUCAGCAGGCAACGCGUCUGCGCGAGUUUAUCAACUGGCAGGAGAAACUCUUGCAGCACCCUCCGCCGGUAACACAAAGGAAGAUUAUUGUGAAGCAUUUGUUCGCCAUUGGCACACAACAAAUGCCCAGCAAUCUGAGAGAUCAGAUCCAGAGUGAGCAAAAGCAACAUAAGGAUCUACUUCUGCUGCCGCAUUUACAUGAAAGCUAUCGAAACCUAACAGGGAAACUACUCCAGGCGAUUGAAGGAGUGAUCCAACAAUAUGAUUUCUCAUAUCUAAUUAAAGUGGACGACGAUACCUACGUCAAGUUGGACCACUUGCUUAACGAACUGGUCUCCUACGAUCGAAAGCUAUUGCGCAAGACCAUGGACUAUGGCAGCGAGCCACUACCUCAAUUGUAUUGGGGCUACUUUAAUGGUCGCGCCAACAUAAAGACCAAAGGCCAGUGGAAAGAGCCCAACUAUGUUUUGGGCAAGAACUAUAUAACCUAUGCCCUGGGUGGCGGAUACGUAUUGUCUCGUAAACUUUGCGAGCAUGUGGUGAAUAACUCCCAUCUGCUGUCUCAUUAUACAUCGGAAGAUGUGUCCAUGGGCACCUGGUUGGCUCCACUGCGCAAUGUUUAUCGCUGGCAUGAUCCUCGUUUUGAUACGGCCUACAUGGCCCGUAAGUGCCAAUCGUAUCAUUUGGUCUUGCACAAAAGAACUCCUCAAAUGAUGAGAGAUCUCUACGGGGGGAAUCUUUGUGCGCCUGAGAAAAAUGUAAUGGGAGCAAAUCGUUUGUUGGAAUACUACUACGAUUGGACCCGCACAUCUGAUAAAUGCUGCGAUAGUUUGGUGGUUUAAACGGUUAUCCACACCGAAAUGUAAAUAGGAUAAUUAUAGACGAACUUCAAAAUAAUUUUACCAUUAAUUUAUAACCAAUUCGAACCAAAGAAUCUAGAUCUUAAGUAGAGUUGCCACUUACCUGUGUUUAAUCAGCCAUUCAACACGGUCGUCCGUCUCAAUGAGACUAGCCACUACGAUAUCCUUGGGAGCGACGAUAUAAUAACGAUUCUCUUCGAUCAAACAGCCGAGGCUAUAAUCAUUAACUGUGUACUCCUCAAAGCCCCGUAAUGUUAAGCUAUCCGUGCAGAUUUCCUCGCUACUGUUCAUUUUAUAUUCAAUGACGCAGAGCACUGGACGAAGGGCCUUGUAGGUGGCACUGCGCUGCUUCCGAUAGCCCAGCACCACCAAUUGGCUUGAGGCCAGUGGAGCCAGGCCACAAAUGUAGAAUGUAGUUUGAAAAGUUGAGACUGCAACAAGAAAAUAAACAAAUAAAUUUAAACAACUAAA